UUACAAAGGGCGAGUUAAGACGUGUGCAGAUUUCUGCACGGCCUUUUUCUUUUCUAGCAGUGCGAGUAAAAGCAAUUAAGUAUUACAUCUUUAAAAAAAAAAUAAUUUAAAAAAAUCUCAAGGCGCGAAAGGGCGCAGCUCAGGUCUCUACGCACCGAAACCGACACGCUUUUGCGUAGGACGCAUGAUGGAUGACAGCGUUGGCUGGUGACAUCACCCGAGAAGCAAAAAAAAAAAAGUCUCAAACCGUGAGCGGCGCGCGCUGCAAUCAAUCUCCGCACCCACGGUAGCGCGCGCUAACACAAGUGAAUGCGAGCACAACCCCGGACUUUAACGCAGCUUUUCAGACGUCACCUGGCGAACAGGCUAGAAAAAACAACAACAACAUGUCCGAACGAGAAGUUUCUCCUUCUCACCGCUCGCGUUCGCGCAGACUCCUUCGUUUGACCUUAUAAUCGUUUUAUACUCCGCGCGAGCGAGCUCGGGUUCCAGGUUAGUUUGGCGCGUGUCGACACGCAUUUGGCGAGUAUGAGCGCGAGGAGGCGAGCUAAAGAAUUAAAUCGCGGCGACCGGCUGCAGCGCGUUAAUAUAUGAUAUUUCAAAGAAAAAGUCGCUGUGGAUUAACGUGGAUUAUCGUGCAAUUUCAAUGACACUGCCGCGGGGAAACGAAACGACUGAUCACAGCGCAUCACCGACUGUGAGGUCAUUCUUUACAAGUUAGGUUUAGUGGGUUGGGGGGAGUUACAUCUUCCUGGGACAUCUUCUAAGGAUAACUGAAGUUGUUUUGGACAUGUAGGUGUUUGUCAUAGGCGUCUACCACCUGUAGCUGGUCUCUCUCUCUCUCUCUCUCUCUCUCUCUCUUGGUAUUCAGCUGUAAAUCUGGCACGCGCGCAGAGCUGCAAACCCUAAAACCGCACCGAGUUUCUUUUUAGCCGCUCAGCCCCGAGUUCCCAGAGAGUUCUCUCUCUCUCUCUCUCUCUCUCUCUCUCUCUCUCUCUCCCUCUGACUUUUCCUUUUAUGCCUGGCCUGAUGUAAAGGUCUGAAGGCAGAGCAUGUAGUGUAGACAUGUCGCGUUCAGUGUACACCCCCCACUCAGACCGUGCCCCUCUUAUCUCAGUUUAAUUGCAGCCUCGAUGUCUGCCGUCUUCACGUCUCCGUUCUUUCAGUUUCUUUGAUUCACCGUCUCAUCUCCACUCGUUGUUUGACAUCCUCGUUUAGGCUCCUUUACGUGCUCGAGCUCUGUGAGGAUAUUAUUAUAGCCCGCGGGCGGGGAUAAUAUCCUUAAACUUUUUUUUCCUUUUUUUUUUUUUUUUUUUUUUUUUUUUUUUUUAAAUUGUUGUUCCUCGGCUUAAAGUGCGCCAUCUACCUUCAGAACGCCUUCAGAUCCGGAGAUCAGCGGUUUGUGGCGAGAGAAAGAGAGAGAGGAAGAGAGAGAGAGCGGGCUGGAGGCUGGGCGCUCGCGCGGAUCGGGGGUCCAUGCGCGGUGUCGCCGCCUGACGCGAGCUCGGCCAGGGAGCUCUAAGCCCUCCUCCUCUGUGCCGCCUCUCUGAUAAUGGUAGCCGUGCUCCGCUCUGUCGUGGCGCUCAUGCUGCUGCUCGGUCAGGUGUGGCUGGGCGCCGCCGCCGGUCUGAUUCCCGACGUGGAGCGGCGGAGGCACGCGCCCGAGCACUCCGAGCGCUUUCUGCGGGACUUCGAGCUCAGACUGUUGAACAUGUUCGGCCUAAAGCGGAAACCCACACCCAGCAAGGGAGCCGUGGUACCACAGUACAUGUUGGACCUCUAUUAUAUGCACUCAGAGAACGGAGACCAGAAAAGCGUCCGGCGGCCCAGGAGCGUCAUGGGGAAGCACGCAGAGCGCGCGGCCAGCAGGGCCAACACCAUCCGGAGUUUCCAUCACGAAGAGGCUCUAGAGGCUCUGUCCAGCCUGAAAGGAAGGACCACACAGCAGCUGUUUUUCAACCUCACUUCAGUGCCUGCAGAGGAGCUCAUCACAGCAGCAGAGCUACGCAUCUUCAGAGACCAGGUGCUCAGUGACUUUACUCAGAGCAACACCAGCCGCACUGGAGCUUUUCAGCGCAUUAACAUUUUUGAGGUGUUUAGGCCAGCUCAUUCCCCCUCACAGGAGCCCCUCACCAGACUUUUGGACACUCGUCUGGUGCAGGACUCACACUCACGGUGGGAAAGCUUUGAUGUAAGCUCAGCGGCAACACACUGGGCCACCCAGCCACACCACAACCAUGGCCUCGUGGUGGAGAUUCUGCGGCCAGGCGAGGCCAGUGAUGGCACAGAGGCCGAGGCAAGCAGGAGUAGGCAUGUGAGAGUGAGCCGGUCCCUGCAUGCUGACAACGAAUCCUGGGCUCAGGCUCGUCCACUGCUGGUCACUUAUAGCCAUGAUGGCCAGGGCACUGCAACACUCCACAGAGAAAAGCGGCAGGUCCGACGGCCACCGAAACAGCGGCGCAAACAGCAGCGAGCCAACUGCCGACGGCACCCACUCUAUGUAGACUUUAGCGAUGUGGGCUGGAACGUGUGGAUUGUUGCGCCACCAGGUUACCACGCCUUUUACUGCCAAGGCGAAUGCCCGUUCCCACUGUCAGACCACCUGAACUCCACCAACCAUGCCAUUGUGCAGACCCUUGUGAACUCUGUGAACUCUAAUGUGCCGCGGGCAUGUUGUGUACCCACAGAGCUCAGUCCCAUCUCUCUGCUCUACCUGGAUGAGUAUGAGAAGGUUGUAUUAAAGAACUAUCAAGACAUGGUGGUGGAAGGCUGUGGCUGCCGAUGAGAAUGAAACUCAUGAAACUUAUGAAGACUUUUUUUAUUUAUAUGAAAGAACUUUCAAAAAGAGUUAUUUUGAUAUAUAUAUAUA